GCAAGCGGCGGCUGGCGGCGGCCGGGCAGAGCCGCUGGAAUCAUGGCCGAGACGCAAGAGCUGCUGCUGCAGCUGCAGAAGGACAAUCGCGACGGGCGACUGCGGAAGCAGGAGCUGGAGGAACUAGUGCGGGGACUCGAGGCCGAGAGCGAGAGCCUCACUGGGCGCCUGCAGGACCUGCGGUUGCGCGAGCGCAGCCUUCAGCGGAAGCGAAGCCAGGCAGCGCGGGCCCUGCAAGGGGAGGCGCGCGAGGCAGCGCGGGAGCGCGCGGAGCGCGCGCGCACACUGCUGAAAGCGGCGGAGCAGCGCAAGCAGGACUUGGAGCAACACAACCGGCAGCUGCAGGAGCAGUGGGAGGAGCUGUCAAGUCAGCUCUUCUACUACGGAGGGGAACAACUGAGUCAACAGCGCGCAGGGGAACAACUCGGGACCCAACUGAUGGCUUUGCAGCUGGAGAUGGUGGAGGCCAAGCACGCCAAGCAGGCCGAGGGCCUGCGGCAGGGCGUGCAGCGGACGGAGGAGGCCUGGGCCAGCGUUCAGGAGCAGAGCGGAGUCCUGCAGGAGCUGCAGGGAAAGGUGAUGGAGGCGGCGGUUGCGCUGGACGCCUUGAGGGGCGGCCCGGAACUGUGCGACUCUCAGCCUCGCCGCACACAGGACUGCGCGGACUCGCUCAUGGAAGAGGUGGCCAAGGCUGACUGUGCUGUGGGCGCUGGGUGCGCUGCAGACGCUGCUGUUGCUCCCGCUCGGCUUCCUGGCACUGCCGAAGCUCUAUCUGAUGCUGGUGCACCCCUCGGCGCUCCCCCGGGGGCUCCCGCGCUUCGGCUCGGACUCAGCCUUCCGCCGCCUGCGCUACACGCUGUCCCAGCUGCUCCAACUGCGCGCGCGCGGCCUGCUGCCCGCCUAGGGGCGCAACACGCUGGCUGCGGCCGCCUGCAACUCUGUCUCCCGUGUGGUUUCUGGGCUCCUGAGGGGGAGACCGAGGGGCGGGGAGGGGUGUCAUGUGUCCCUCAGCCCAGCGUCCCUGGCACCUCAGGCGCAGCGGGUGCGGGGCCUGACAGGCGGUGCUUGCGUCUGCGAAGGCUGUCCCGGGCGCCUUGCGGCCGAGCCCGCGACUCAGGGUGAGCAGGGCGCGUCCUCGUCCGGCAGCCGCGCCUUGGGCUGGCUCGCACCAAGGGGCUCCCGGGAGCCCCUCUCCUGUAGCCCCUGCUGCCGCGCCUGAACCAACUCGGAAGUUGGCCAUUAGGUUUUGCU